GGCCGAGCCAGAGCAAAGGCAGCAGCCCGGGGAGGCCCGAGGCAGAGGAAGCUCUGCAGCUGGAGCAACAUGGCCGAGUACUCGAGGCUGCACAACUGCCUGGCGAUGAUCCGCCUGCGAAACCCUCCGGUCAACGCGAUCAGUCUAGCUGUACUCCACGGAAUAAAAGAGGCUCUUCACAAAGCUAGAACAGACCAUUCAGUAAAAGCCAUUGUGAUUUGUGGAGCAGAUGGAAAAUUCUCUGCAGGUGCUGAUAUCCAUGGUUUCACUACUGUUAGGACCUCUGACACAACACUGGGAACUAUAGUAGAUGAAAUACAGAGAAACGAGAAGCCUGUGGUGGCAGCUAUUCAAGACAUUGCCUUAGGAGGGGGACUAGAACUGGCCUUGGGCUGUCACUAUCGAAUUGCCCAUGCAGAGGCACGAGUCGGCUUUCCAGAAGUCUCUCUAGGGAUUCUUCCUGGUGCAAGAGGAACCCAGCUUCUCCCCAGACUCAUUGGAGUUCCUGCUGCACUUGACUUAAUUACCUCAGGGAAACAUAUUUUGGCAGGUGAAGCAUUCAAGUUGGGGAUUCUAGAUAAAAUUGUGAACUCAGAUCCAGUUGAAGAAGCCAUCAAAUUAGCCCAGGCAGUUUCAGAUCAGCCUCUGGAGUCCCGUAGAAUCUGUAACAAGACCAUACAGAACUUGCCCAAUAUGGACUCCAUUUUCAGGGAGGCCGUGGCAAAGAUGCGGAGGCUGUACCCAGGUUGCCUUUCUCAGGAGACCUGCGUCCGGGCAGUCCAGGUUGCAACCCAGCAACCCUAUGAGGAGGGCAUCAAAAGGGAAACGGAGCUGUUCCUGUAUCUGCAGCAGUCGGGACAGGCUCGAGCCCUGCAGUAUGCCUUCCUAGCUGAGAGGAAUGCAAGCAAGUGGUCCACUUCCUCAGGCGCAUCCUGGAAGACUGCAUCCCCAAGGCCCAUCUCCUCAGUUGGUGUGAUUGGCUUGGGAACAAUGGGCCGAGGCAUUGUUGUCUGUCUUGCAAAGGCCAAGAUCCCUGUGAUUGCUGUAGAAUCUGACAUAAAGCAGCUCGAGACUGCAAACAAGAUAAUAACCUCCAUCUUGGAAAAGGAAGCGUCCAAACUACAGCAGAGUGGCCAUCCUUGGUCAGGACCAAGACCCAAGUUAACGGCGUCUGUGGAAGAGCUUGGCAGUGUAGAUCUAGUUAUCGAAGCAGUCUUUGAGGAAAUGAAUCUGAAGAAGCAGGUCUUUGCUAAACUGUCAACCAUAUGCAAACCGGAAGCAUUUCUGUGCACCAAUACCUCUGCCCUAGAUGUUGAUGAGAUUGCUUCUUCCACUGACCGCCCUCACCUGGUCAUUGGUACCCACUUCUUCUCACCAGCUCAUAUCAUGAAGUUGUUAGAAGUUAUUCCCAGUCAAUACUCCUCACCCACUACCAUUGCCACUGUUAUGAAUUUAUCAAAAAAGAUAAAGAAAUUUGGAGUAGUUGUAGGGAACUGUUUUGGGUUUGUUGGGAAUCGAAUGUUGAUCCCUUAUUACAAUCAGACAUAUUUCAUGUUAGAAGAGGGCAGUACCCCAGAGGAGAUAGACCAAGUACUGGAAGAGUUUGGUUUCAAAAUGGGACCUUUCAGAGUAUCUGAUCUUGCUGGGUUGGAUGUGGGUUGGAAAUCUCGAAAAGGGCAAGGUCUUACUGGACCUGUAUUGCCAGGAACUUCUCGAAAACGUGGCAGCAAGAGAUACUGUCCAAUCCCUGAUAUGCUCUGUGAAUCAGGGAGAUUUGGCCAGAAGACUGGGAAAGGUUGGUAUCAAUAUGACAAGCCAUUGGGUAGGGUUCACAAACCUGAUCCCUGGCUUUCCAAAUUUCUGUCAGAAUACAGAGAAACCCAUCAAAUUGAGCCUCGUGUCAUUGGCAAGGAUGAAAUCCUUGAACGCUGUGUAUAUUCUCUCAUCAAUGAAGCAUUCCGUAUCCUGGGAGAGGGGAUAGCUUCAAGCCCAGAGCACAUUGAUGCAGUCUAUUUACAUGGAUAUGGAUGGCCGAGGCACAAGGGUGGCCCCAUGUUCUAUGCUUCUACAGUUGGGUUACCUACAGUGUUAGAGAAGUUGCAGAAAUACUACAGGGAGAAUCCUGAUGUCCCCCAACUGGAGCCUUGUAACUAUCUGAAAAAACUGGUUUCCCAGGGAAAUCCUCCUCUACAAGAGUGGCAAAAAUUGGCAGGACCUCCCAGCAGUAAAUUGUGAUUCAUCCUUAGAAAUUAUGCCUCACAUACUGGCAUCAGGCAAUGCUCACAUCAUUUCUUUAGAACUGGAUCCGAAGUAAGACUGCUCUGAAAUUCAGAGCAAAGUGUAAGUAAUUGGCCAGCUAAAUCUCCUAAGGCUUUCUUUGUGAUGAAUUGAAUGGAUCAAGUCUCUAGGAGUGUACUUUCUAUACCUCUGAAUCUGUGCCUAUAAAAAUAAUAUUUUUCAAUCCUAAUAAAUAAUCUGUGUUAAUACCAUAAUAGUUAAGGAGAGUUUCAAGAAUAUGUGAGGUCUGUAAGUGCUUUGAUGAUUAGAGAAGUAGGUCAUCAGUUAGUAACUGAUAAGUGCCACUGAGUUGUAGAUUUACUCUGGUCCCUCUCAACCUCAUUCACAUAGCACUGAUAAGAAAUUUUGUGGAUCCUUCAUUCAGUUAACACUAAAUGUAUACCUCCUGAGCAUUUUGCUUAGCAGUUGGGCCUGGAUUUCUGAAUGAUAUUAAUCCAAUAUGGCAGUCUGUCAUGAAAUUCACUUCCUAAUCUUGGAGAUCUGAUGGAGACAGUUGGCAAACUAGAGUCAACAGUGAGAGUGUCUGUAAGUGAACAUAGAAAAUUGCCCAAGGGGGAGUCGGGCAGUAGCACAGCAGGUUAAGCAAAGGUGGCACAAAGCACAAGGACCAGUGCAAGGAUCCCAGUCUGAGCCCCUAGCUCUCUACCUGCAAGGGAGUGAAGCAAGCGGUGAAGCAGGUUUGCAGGUGUCUCUCUUUCUCUCCCCCUCUCUCCAUUUCUCUCUGUCCUAUCCAACAACAACAGCAUCAAUAACAACAACAAUAAUAACUACAACAAUAAAAACAACAUGGGCAACAAAAGGGAAUAAAUAAAUAUUUUUUAAAAUUCCCAUUAAUACUGAUAUAAAACAGUAAAAUAAAAGAAAAGAAAAUUGCCCAAGGAAAGGCAGAGGUUGUAACAAGAAAGGGGGAGGGCAUGAAAGCCAGAACAGUGUUAAAAGUUAUAGGCAAAACAUGGUUGAGAACUGAUAAUGGAGCCAAGUGCUUCAGACCAGAAUGGGGGAACUUAGAGAUGUACUUAAUUUCUCUGUGUCCCAGCAAAAAAAAAAAAAAAAAAAAAAAAGGCCACCAGGAGCAGUGGCUUCAUAGUGCUGACACCAAGCUCCAGCAAUAACCUGGAGGCAAAAAAAAAAAAGGGGUCGGGCGGUAGUGCAGCAGGUUAAGCGCACAUAGUGAAAAGCGCAAGGACCGGCGAAAGGAUCCUGGUUCCAGCCCCUGGCUCUCCACCUGCAGGGAAGUCACUUCACAGGCAGUGAAGCAGAUCUGUAGGUAUCUUUCUCUCCCUGUCUCUGUCCUCCCCUCCUCUCUCCAUUUCUCUCUGUCCUAUCCAACAAUGAUGACAACAAUAAAACAAUAAGAGCAACAAAAGGGAAUAAAGAAAUAUUAAGAAAACAGGUCUUUUAAAAAAUCUAACUGAAGAACAAACUUUGUAUGAUUGUGUUAUGCAUUGUAUGAUUAAACUUUCAGUGACUGAUCAACAUAUAAACUUGCACACAAAUGUUUAUGGUAGAAUUAUUCAUUAGUCAAAAACUGGAAGAACUUCAUCAACUGAUCAAUGAAUAAACAAAAGUAUAAAAGCCAUGCAAUGUAAUAUCCUAUGGUAAUAAAAAGAAAUGAGGUUCUAACGCAUCCUCCAACAUGUUGAGUCUUCAACAUGAUAUGUCAGGUGAAAGAAGCCAGUCACAAAGGCCAUGCAUGAGGGGGAUAUUUAUCUCAAUAUCUAGAAGAGGUAAAUCUAUAGAGUCAGAUGAAAGGUUGCCCGAGGCUAGACUGACUGGUUGAGGGGAAAUGGAAAGUGACUGCCAAUGGAUAUAGAGUUUCUUUAUAAGAAGACAGUGUUAACAAUAAUGUUAAGAAAUCACUAUGGUGGUUAUUACAAUAAUCCUGUGAAUCUAUUGAAGAUAAUUGAGUGUUAUACAUACAUGGGUUAAUGGUAUGGUAUGUGGAUUGUAUCUUAAUAAAGGAAUGGACUCAUCCUUUUGUCAUCCUUCAGUGUCAUGUAAAUGAACUGUUUCCAUAGUAUUUUUACCUGUAAGUCCAAAUAAAAAUAUUAAUCAUAACUUGAA